AUGAACGGUGGUCCAACUGCUAAGAUUCGAUUCGUUAGAUGUCCAAAAUGUCGGCAGGUUCUUAUGGAGCCGCAAGAUAUUCCAGUCUACCAAUGUGGUGGGUGUGGCACACAUCUCCAAGUGAAAAAUCGAAAAAAUAAUCCUGAAGUCACAACAUCUGGCUUACAUGAAACAGAUGCUGCUCAGAAAAAUGGAUCAUAUCAUGUUUCUGAAGAUAAAAAAGCUAGCAGCCCAAAUCAUGAAGAAACUAUUCAUUCCCCUGGGGAAUGUUCUUCAGACCAAAUCAAUGGGAGGGAUCAUGCUGCACCUGGCAAUUGUGAUCUUGAGAAUCUCAGAGGCACAAACUCACCAAAUGAACUCCAAAGCAAUGGAAGUGAUCCAAAUGGUUCUGGAGAUUUCGAUAAUGAGCAACCUGGAGAUUUUAACUCAUCAAACGACCAAAAGAUUGAGAGUAAUAAAAAUGAUCCAAGGGACUCUGAUAAUGAACACGUUGGAGGCAUAAGCACAUCUGAUGAACACCGACAGAACGGGAGCGGUCAAAAUGAAUCUGGGGAUUGUGUGAAUUGGCAACUAAUAGAUGUAAACUUGUCAAGUGGUGAUCAGAAAAAAGGAAGUGCUUCAAAUGAAUCUUCAGAUUGUGAUCAUGAGCAGCUUGAACUUUUCAAUGAAGUUCCGAUUCAACAAACUGAAUCUGGGGAUUGCAAUAAUGAGCAACUUGGAGGUGGGGGCUUACCAACUGAAGCACAAAAUGGCUUGAGUGAUAGAAAUGAUUCUUCAGAUUGCAAUGGUGAACAGGCUGGAUUUUCCUAUAAAGUUUGUUCCCCUACCAAACUUAUUCAUUUUAACAAUGAAGAGCUGUCCCCACUGACAGCAGCAGAACCAAGAGAAGUCAAUGAAGGUGAGAUUCAACAAAAUGAUUCUGGAGAUUUCACUAAUGAGCAACUUGAAGGUGUGAACUUAUCAACUGAAGCAGAAAACGACAGGAGUGAUCAAAAUGAUUCCUUGGAUUGCAAGAGUGACCAGCUUGGAACUUCCUAUAAAGUUUGUUCACCUAGCAAACUUGCUCAUCCCAAGAAUGAAGAGCUGUCCCCACUGGUAGUAGCAAAAUCAAAUGUUGAAGUCAUUGAUGAAAGCUCACCAUUAUCAGUAGCAAAAGCAGAAUUACAUGCUAACAAUGAUAACGAUGGAAUUUCCGAUGAUGAUUGUUCACUCACCAAACUUGCUCUUCUCAAGAACAAAGAGAUGUCUCCAUUGGAAGGGGCGAAAUCAGAAGCUGGAGCUGGUGAUGAAAGAUCACAAUUGGCAGGAGCAAAACCAAUGCUAGAUGCUUGCAAAAAGAGUGAUUCUGGUUUCACAAAAUCAAGUUCUGAGAAGUCAGCUGACAAAGAGGGUGCUUCAGUUGUCACUGCUCACAGGCCUGCAGGAGAAAGCAUUUCAUCAGACAUUUUUGUAUCUUCACCGAAUGAACAGCUAGAGAAGCUUCACGAAAGUGUUCACCAUGAUUUUGACUGUGUACAGUGUACAGAUACAUGCGAAAUUAUGGAUAUUAUUGAACCCAGCUCCGAGCUAAGUGGCACUCUUAUAGACUUGUCCAAAUCCCCAACCACCAGAAGCUCUCGUGCUUACUAUGACGACUGUGUCUCCUCAUUUGAAGGAACAGAUGAUCAGUUACCUGAUCGACCUAAGCAUCCAUUUAGAAAUGCUCAAAAGCCUUCAAAUCACGCAGCUUCUGAUGAGAGGCCCAGAAGUGAAAAGUUAAUGGCGAAUAGCAAUUCUGAAAUGCAGCAUCACUUGAAGAAUCAUACGUCAACUAUUUCCGAUAAGAAUCACCGUGCCUUGAAAUCCGGCAAAUUUAACCAUGAUGAAUUGGUAGAGCACACAAGGCUUACCCAUCCAGCUAGAAACUGGAGAAGACCGGAGAAGUAUGAAUAUCCAUCUCAGGUCCCUUUCAAUGAUGGAGGUUCGUUGGUUGGCUAUGACAACGGCAGCCCUUCCAAUCAAUUCAACAAUCAAUUCCAUUCCAAUCCAUACUUUCAUUCACGUGACAAGCCCACAUACACUGAACAGGAGAAGAUGAAACUGUUGAGAAUGAUUGCUGAAUUGCAGGAUCAAGUUAACAUUCUGAAUGGAAAAGAAAAAGGAAGGGUUACUCCUGGAGUCACUUGGAAGGACCAUUAUAUUCCCAGUUACUAUGAUCAUGAAGCCCUGGAGCAGGUAAUUUUUGAUGACUUGAAGUAUUCUAGUUAUCCUGGAAGAUUCAGAGGGGGAAGGAACUGGUGUCAACAGAGUAAAUUCUCCCGAAUACCUUUCUCAGCAGAGGUAGCAAUCAAUCGAAACCAAGUUGAUCACCCAUUGUGUUGCUGUUCCCAAGACUGGCUCUCAGGACAACUGCCUCCACCUGCCCUUCAUCAUAAUAAAGUGCUUUGUAAGGUCCACAAUGGUGUCAACUUUUACAAUUCCUAUGGCUCUUGUCCCUCAAGUCCACAACGGCAUGCUGACUCUGAGUUUUCCAUAUAUAGGCGUGAAAUGCUUUCUGAUGAUCAGAGGCACAGAUAUCAGGAGGUAAAGAAGUAUGUGAGGAAGAAACAUCACUUGGCUAAGCGGCACCUCCUGCCCCUAGCAGGCGGAGCCCCUUUCAUAAUGUGUUAUUGUUGCUUCAAACAGCUUCAGCUACCUGCAGAUUUUGUCCUUUUCAAGAGGAAGUGUCAUCGGCUAAGAUGUGGUGCCUGUUCUGAAGUACUUAAAUUUUCACUUAUAAGGAAAACUCAUCUAGUUCCAUAUACACCAACAGCUGAUGCACCUCCGCCAAGUGAGGUUGAUGAGCAUAGUGAUGCUCUUCAUAGGAGAAAUUUGCCUUCAACUUCUCAUGCCACUGACUGUCCCUAUGUUGAUCUUGUGUCAUGUUCUGAGGAUUAUGGACUUCCUUUCUGUAAAAGCUGUUCCACUGAUGGGGAUCCUGUUUACCAGACAUCAUUGUAUGCAGUUGAAAGAAGCAUGUCAUAUGAUCCAGUGGUAUAUAACGAAGAGCGGAGGAAGUUCAUUUUGAAUGAGCAUAAAAAUAAAUGUAAGAAUCCUGUGGAAGCACAUGAAUCACCUGGACCUUCUUCCAGCAUGUCCAAAUCAAAGAAAGUAUCUUCAGAAAUUGAGGAGCUGCCAGGAAGAGGAGGAGGAGGUUCCCCACUUCACCGACUUAUGGGUUAUUCCUCACCUAGUCAACUGGUAUAUGGUUAUGGACCAUCUUGCUCAAGCUCACGCUAUCCAGCAAAAGAGUGA